GCACGUGCCACAGUACCGUAGUACCGGUAUGGUCAUACGGCAGCCACCACCAACAAAUCAUCCACCAUGAAAGCAGACCAAGCGAAGACUACGAUUAUCUGCGCCGGAUUGAGUUGUCUCGACCUGCAGCUGAUUGGUUGUACCAAAUCCGGUCAAGCCGAGGCCAUCGAACAGUAUGAGAAAGCGGUGCACUGCGCGGGUGGUUCGGCUUCCAUGGCGGCCACGACACUAGCGCUAUUAUGUGACGAUGACAUUCACGUCUUGACCAAGUUGGGCAAGGAUCUGAAUGGGCAAGUCAUGUUGGAUUUUUAUCGUCAAGCCGGCGCCAAGACGGACUUGUGCAUUCAGGAUGAGAUGGUUUCUACGGCCAUGGCGGUGCUUCCCAUUUUCAAAGAAGGAGGACGAGCGUGUUUCUUCAAUCUAGCCGCCAACAAUGGCUUUACGACGGAGGAGUUAUUGGGUCAAUUGAACAAACUCUCGGCCGCCAAGGCGUUUCUCUUUGGGUAUCCUCAUUUGUUGCCCAAGAUGCAAGGCGAACCAUUAAAGUCCAUGCUGGAAUCCAUCCGAACCAAAUUUGGUCACGACAUUUUGAUUGGUGUCGAUUUGAAUGGAGUUAGUGCCGACAAUCAUCGACCAGAACUAUUGGCACCUGCCAUGGACCAGAUUGAUGUCUUGCAUUUGAACGAAGAGGAAGCAGAAAUAUUGGCAGGCGUUCAAAAGGAUGAUUUGUUCUCGGGUGACGAAACACUCCAACAAGUGACGGCGGCAUUGCACCAACAAGGAUGUGCCGUGGUGUUGCUUUCCUUGGGAUCGAAAGGAUCCUAUAUUAGUGUCACACCCGAUUCAAGUCGCUUGAGCCAAUGCCCUCCCAUUGUUCGCGACAAUUGGAAGGCACAGUCGGCGGUGCGAGUACCAGCCUUUGCCGUCGCAGAGAACAACGUCAACGCCAACGGAGCAGGAGAUGCUCUUUUUUCGGGGUUUUGUUAUGCAGCGGCCACCAUGGAAGGAGCUACACUGGAACAAGCAGGAACCUUUGCCUCAUUGGUGGCCCGGCAACGAUGCGACGUUCAAACCAGAGACAAACCAGAGCAUGAUGCCACCAAGAUUGCAGAAUUGGUGCGAACGGGCAACUUGCCCAGUGUUUUAUAGCAACGUACCGGUACUUCAUUCCUUAGUUUUUCUGUCAGCUCUAGCUAGGCUGGCCCACUCGUUCGUUCCAAUC